AUCCCUCGCGCCGGGCGCGGCUUCCGGGCCCGGGUGGAGCCGUCGGGCUUGUCUGCUGACUUUUUCCCAGCCAGAGUUCGGGGCGCGGCGUCUCGGGGGCGAUGGAUCCCCGGGCGGUUGCAGAUGCUAUGGAGACAGGAGAGGAAGGCGUGAUUCUCGAAGCUCUGCGGUCGUACAACCGGGAGCACUCCCAGAGCUUCACCUUUGAUGACGCCCAGCUGGAGGACCGGAAGAGACUCGCAAAGCUGCUGGUCUGCGUCCUGGAGCAGGGCUUGCCGCCCUCACACCGUGUCACCUGGCUGCAGACUGUCCGUAUCCUUUCCCGGGACCGCGGCUGCCUGGAGCCGUUUGCCAGCCACCAGAGCAUACAUGCAUUAGCUUGCUAUGCUGACAUAUCUGCCUCUGAGAGGCCUAUCCCAGAGUCCACAGACAUGGGUGUCACACUUGAGGCCCUCAAGUGCCUGUGCAACCUCGUGCUCAGCAGCCCCGCGGCACAGAUGGUGGCAGCAGAGGCCAACCUGGUGGUGAGGCUCACAGAGCGUGUGGGACUUUACCAAAAGAUGAGCUUCCCCCAUGAUGUCCAGUUCUUUGACCUGCGGCUCCUCUUCCUGCUAACAGCGCUCCGCACUGAUGUGCGCCAGCAGCUGUUUCAGGAGCUGCAGGGUGUGCGUCUGCUGACCAAGACGCUGGAGCUAACGCUAGGAGUGACCCCUGAAGUGAGGCCCCCCGAGUUCCUUCCUCCCCAAGAGACUGAGCGAGCAAUGGAGAUCCUCAAAGUGCUCUUCAAUAUCACCUUUGAGUCCAUAAAGAGGGAAGUGGAUGAGGAAGAUAAUGCCCUUUACCAGUACCUGGGGACCCUUCUACGACACUGUGUGAUGGUUGCUGCUGCUGGAGACCGCACAGAGGAGUUCCAUGGGCACACAGUGAAUCUCCUGGGGAACUUGCCCCUCAAGUGUUUAGACAUCCUUCUCACCCUGGAGCUGCAUGAGGGCUCCUUGGAGUUCAUGGGAGUGAACAUGGAUGUGAUCAGUGCACUCCUUGCUUUCCUAGAGAAGCGCCUGCACCAGACCCACAGGCUCAAGGAGAGUGUGGCUCCUGUACUGAGUGUGCUGACCGAGUGUGCCCGCAUGCACCGUCCAGUCAGGAAGUUCCUGAAGGCCCAGGUGCUGCCCCCUCUUCGGGAUGUAAGGACCCGACCUGAGGUGGGGGACCUGCUUCGGAACAAGCUUGUCCGCCUUAUGACACACUUGGACACAGAUGUGAAGCGAGUAGCUGCUGAGUUCCUCUUUGUCCUGUGCUCAGAGAGUGUGCCCCGGUUCAUCAAGUAUACAGGCUAUGGAAAUGCUGCAGGCCUCUUGGCUGCCAGGGGCCUCAUGGCAGGGGGCCGGCCCGAAGGUCAGUACUCAGAGGAUGAGGACACAGACACCGAUGAGUACAAGGAAGCCAAGUCCAGCAUCAACCCAGUGACCGGGAGGGUGGAAGAGAAGCCUCCCAACCCUAUGGAGGGCAUGACAGAGGAGCAGAAGGAGCAUGAGGCCAUGAAGCUGGUGAACAUGUUUGACAAGCUUUCCAGGCACAGAGUCAUCCAGCCCAUGGGGAUGAGUCCCCGGGGUCACCUGACAUCCCUGCAGGACGCGAUGUGUGAAACCAUGGAGGAGCACCUCUCCUCAGACCCUGACUCUGACCCCGACUGACGACAGUGUGUCUCUGCCUCUUCCUGAACUGGUGCUGCUUCCAGAGACACCCUCAGUGCCACCUGGGGAAGCCACACACUCCUGUAUCUGGGGACCCCUCCCCCCUUCUUUCUAUUCUCCAAGUUCUGUCUUGUGAUUUGCCUCUGGUUCAGUUUCUUGCCUAGGACUGUGAUGGUCUUGUCCUGCUGUAAGUGGGGAAACCAGCUUUUCCACAUGCAAAGGUAUUUUCUGUCACAUGUCAAUGCAGAGGCUGCUGCAAGGCAGGGCUUCUUGGUCAGAGAUGUCACAGACUAGUAUGUGUGGGGAAGGGUGGUACUGAGCUGGGAACUCAAAUGCAAAAACAUCUGAGGUUUGUUGGCCUAGAGCUAAUGUGUUGGGGGCAUGUGAUAGGUUUUAUACAGGGGAAAGGGUCUGCUAGAACUGUAUAGCUAGUGUUCAGUAACAGAGGAAGGCAUGUGCUAUUGUUCCUGCUUCCUCAACCCCUUGCUCCACUCAGCACCAGGGCUGUUGGCCUCUUCUGUACUUUCUGUCCUGGCUCAGCCACCCUAUUGGUUGUGACAAAUAGAUCAACUCUACCCACUGAUUUUAGACUAAAAACUCACAUGAAAGAAAAUGCCCUCGUGAAACUAUAAACUGAAAUCUUUGUACUUGAGGGGUAUGGAAUAAAGAUGAGUUUGGGGCAGGACCAUGUGUGUGAGUAUCUGUGUAAAAUAGUUAAACAUGGUGAUACUAAGUAAAAAUAUAAGCUAGUUUUAUUCUCAGAA